AUGAUUCCCUAUGGCGCUGGCAUCACGGGCGGAGCCAAUAUAGCCGAGCAAAUUCACACGGCCUCCAAAAACACAGUUUGGAUUAUAGCUUCAUAUCCUCUCACGCAGGGAACGUUCGUCCUUAUAGGCGGUCGAGUAGGAGCUAUAUACGGCCAUAAGAAUGCCAUUGUCGGGGCAGGCGUUAUCUGGGUCAUAUUCCAACUCAUCGCGGGUUUCAUGCGCAGCGUCAUCUCCUUGAGUAUCAUGCGUGCUUUGAGUGGCGUCGGCGGUGCCUUUGUCGUACCAAACGCCAUCGCCCUGCUCACGACCAGAUUCCCGCCUGGCAAGAUGCGCAACAUAACAGUGGGACUUUUCGGUGCCAUGGCCCCUAUUGGUGCCGCUGGUGGGAGUGUAUUCCCAGGGUUUUUCGGACAACUUGCGCCUUGGUGGUGGUUGUUCUUCUUCCUAGCGAUAUUAGGCACCAUGGUGUUCGCCUUCUUCUUCUUUGUCGUUCCUGGUGAGGAUAGACCAAUGGAUCCCGAUGGGAAAUUCGAUUACAUCGGCGCGUAUUGCGGCGUCACAGGACUGAUCCUUUUCAAUUUCUCGUGGACGCAAGCUUCCGUGGACGGCUGGCAAAAGCCGUAUAUCUAUGCACUGCUUAUUGUUUCUUUGGUUCAUUUCGGGCUCUUUGUUCUCUGGGAAUUGAAGUUUGCGAAAGAACCCGUCUUGCUACUGACGAUAUGGAAGUCGCCCUCUUUCGUAGCCAUGACGGUCUCGGCCUUUUUGACGUUUAUGGGCGUCGGCAUUGUUGUCUGGUACAUUACGGCCUGGAACUUCUAUGUUCGACAUUAUUCCAUCUUUAUCUGUGCAGCAGCCUACGCGCCGCUCGCCGUCUGCGGUGCCAUUGCAGCUAUACUAAGCGCCCAGGCGAUCCGUUAUCUUGCAGCCCAGCAUAUCAUGGCAAUUGGGUCGCUUGCAUCUUGUGUGUCGCUGAUUCUCAUAGCAACAAUGCCUGCACAGCAGAUGUACUGGCGCCAAGUCUUCCCUGCCAUGAUCCUGGUAUCCUUUGGGCCGGACUUCUUGUUUACUGCGUCACAAAUCAUCGCCAGCGCAACAGUGAAAAGAGCGCAGCAAGGUAUUGCGGGCUCUCUCAUCGGCACCCUGCUAUCCUAUGGACUUGCUACUGGGCUUGGAUUCGCUGGCACCGUGGAACACUACACCAACUCAGGCGACGGUCCUGUACAGGGGUAUAGGCAUGCUUUAUAUUUGGGGGUCGGAAUGACGGGUGCUGCGGCCCUGAUCGCACUCAUAUUUGUCAGGAUCCCUAAAAAUCGCCAGGAAGGAUGGGAUGAGGACGAAAUGCCAGGAGUGACAGCAUAA